UGGGGAUGGGGUUGGGACUGGGGCGGACGCGGCCCCGGCGCGGUCCCGAGGCUCCGGCGAAGGCAGCGGGGGAGCCGGGAGAGGCCCCGGCCGGGCUCGGGGCUCCGGGACCAUCACCGGGAGCGGCCCCCGCCGGGCUCGGGGCACCGGGACCGUCACCGGGAGCGGCCCCGGCCGGGCUCGGCGCUCCGGGACCGUCACCGGGAGCGGCCCCCGCCGGGCUCGGGGCUCCGGGACCGUCACCGGGAGCGGCCCCCGCCGGGCUCGGGGCUCCGGGACCGUCACCGGGAGCGGCCCCCGCCGGGCUCGGGGCACCGGGACCGUCACCGGGAGCGGCCCCCGCCGGGCUCGGCGCUCCGGGACCAUCGCCGCCCCCCCGGCAGCCCCCGAGCUCGGCGCUGCCCGGAUUCGCCGCCCCCGGGAACGAGCAGCGUCCCCCCGGCCCGGCAGCAGAGGAAACGAACACGGGACAGAAAGAAACUUCCUCCAAAACUCGCUUCGUCCUCAUCAGCAAAGAGGGGAUGAACUCCGCCGGGCCCGCAGCCCCCCGCCCUGGACCCCACGCUGCCGGGAACGCCACGAGGAGACGUGGGAGGCACAAAGAACUCGGUGACAAGGGCAGUGACACUGCCCACGCUGCCACUGCUGGGGCCACAGCCGUGGGUGGCCGGAGCCGGACGCUGGGUGCGACACCAGGAGCAGCUCCUGGAGCGGCUGGCACUGGGCAGGAUGGGCAGGAGAGAGGGGGAGCAGCUCCUGCAGUGACUGGCACUGGGCAGGAUGGGCAGGGGCAGGCAGGGGCAGCUCCUGGAUUAGCUGGCACUGGUCAGGAUGGGCAGGGGCAGGCAGGGGCAGCUCCUGGAGCAGCUGGAAUCGGCCAGGAUGGGCAGGGGCAGGCAGGGGCAGCUCCUGAAGCAGCUGGAAUCGGCCAGGAUGGGCAGGGGCAGGCAGGGGCAGCUCCUGGAGCAGCUGGAAUCGGCCAGGAUGGGCAGGAGCAGGCAGGAGCAGCUCCUGGAGUGACUGGCACUGGUCAGGAUGGGCAGGGGCAGGCAGGGACAGCUCCUGCAGUGACUGGCACUGGUCAGGAUGGGCAGGAGCAGGCAGGGGCAGCUCCUGGAGCAGCUGGAAUUGGCCAGGAUGGGCAGGAGCAGGCAGGGGCGGCUCCUGGAUUAGCUGGCACUGGUCAGGAUGGGCAGGAGCAGGCAGGGGCAACUCCUGGAUUAGCUGGCACUGGUCAGGAUGAGCAGGAGCAGGCAGGAGCAGCUCCUGCAGUGACUGGCACCAGGCAGGAUGGGCAGGAGCAGGCAGGGACAGCUCCUGGAGCAGCUGGAAUUGGCCAGGAUGGACAGGAGCAGGCAGGAGCAGCUCCUGGAUUAGCUGGCACUGGUCAGGAUGGGCAGGAGCAGGCAAGGGCAGCUCCUGGAGCAGCUGGAAUUGGCCAGGAUGGACAGGAGCAGGCAGGGAGCAGCCCAGGGAUGCACAGAGUCCUGUCCUUGGAUGUAACUCUCGCCCCAAGAGACCCUCGAGCUCCUGGCCAGUUUGGACAACCUGUUGCUGUCCCUGCUGAUAAACAAGAAGAAGCAAAAAGCAGAUGGAAAGAAGGAAACUUUAAUGUCUACCUCAGCGACCUGAUCCCUGUGGACAGAGCCAUCCCAGACACCAGGCCAGCCGGGUGCUCUGAGCAGCAGGUGCACGACGAGCUGCCCAGCACCAGCGUCAUCAUGUGCUUUGUGGACGAGGCGUGGUCGGCGCUGCUGCGCUCGGUGCACAGCGUCCUCGGCCGCUCGCCCCCGCGCCUCCUCGAGGAGAUCAUCCUGGUGGAUGACUGCAGCACCAAGGAGUACCUGAAGGAGCAGCUGGACUCGUACAUGUCGCAGUUCCCCAAGGUGAAGGUCCUGCACCUCCGGGAGCGGCACGGGCUGAUCCGGGCCAGGCUGGCGGGAGCUGAGAUGGCCAAAGGUGCUGUCCUGACCUUCCUGGACUCGCACGUGGAGUGCAACGUGGGGUGGCUGGAGCCGCUGCUGGACAGGAUCCGCCUGCGCCGCACCAAGGUGGCCUGUCCUGUCAUCGAGGUCAUCAGCGACAGGGACAUGAGUUACAUGACCGUGGACAACUUCCAGCGCGGGAUUUUUACCUGGCCAAUGAAUUUUGGAUGGAAACAGAUUCCUCAAGAGGUCAUCGAGAAAAAUAAAAUGAAGGAGACUGAUAUAAUAAGGUGCCCCGUCAUGGCAGGUGGCCUGUUCUCCAUCGAGAAGAAGUAUUUUUCUGAGUUGGGAAUGUACGACCCGGGACUGGAUGUCUGGGGAGGGGAAAAUAUGGAGAUUUCAUUCAAGGUCUGGAUGUGCGGCGGAGAGAUCGAGAUCGUGCCGUGCUCCAGGGUGGGGCACAUUUUCAGGAACGACAAUCCCUAUUCCUUCCCCAAAGACCGGGUGAGGACGGUGGAGAGGAACCUGGCGCGCGUGGCCGAGGUGUGGCUGGACGAGUACAAGGAGCUGUUCUACGGGCACGCUCCGCAGCUGCUGCGGGGCGGCGCGGCCGCGGGCGAGCUGGGCCCGCAGCGGGAGCUGCGCCGGCGGCUGCGCUGCCGAACCUUCGGCUGGUACCUGCGCAACGUGUACCCCGACCUGCGGGCGCCCCUGGUCAGGGCCAGCGGGCUGCUGGUUAACGAGGCCCUGGCAGGGUGCAUCGCUGUGGAAGGCACCACCCUGGCUUUUGAGGAGUGCGAUGUCAACAGCACGCACCAGCAGUUCAACUACACCUGGCUGCGGCUGGUGCAGCACGGGGAGCUGUGCCUGGCCCCCGCUGGAGUGCUGGGGGCCGUGGGGCUGCGCCGCUGCCGGGGCACGAGCCGCAGCCAGGGCUGGCUGCACGGGUCCCUGGCCGCCGGCCACCGGGGGCUGACCCAGCACCUGCUCUCGGAGCAGCCGCGGCUCCCGCAGCCGGCGUGCCUGGCCGUGCACCCCUCGUUCCGAGCGCUGCGGGUGGCAGCCUGUGACCCCGCCAGCCCCCACCAGAAGUGGCGAUUCGGCUCCUACCACGCGGACUGAGGGCAGCCCAGCUGUGCCAGCGCUGCCCCGGGGUCACCAGGCCAGUCCUGAGGCUGGCACAGCUCCAGGUGAGAGCUGCAGCGCGUGGUUUGACACCAGCACAGCGAGGCUGAGAGCACCCAGAGCACCCCUGAGCCGUGGCACUGCCUGGACAGAUCUCAUCAGCUUCCCUCGCCACAGCAGACUUUGGGAAAUACUCGUUUUCUGUAUUAUUAAAUGGAAAUAUUUUUUGAA